AUGACGCUCCGCGACACGUAUGCCAGAUUUCUGGCCACGCCCUCGACCGGCGCGCUGGCUGAGAACGCAUCUCUUCAUUACGUCUCUACCACAACUAGCAUCAGCGAUGCAACGGCUAUCAUCAAGCACCUGUCGGUCCAGGAGAAGCUGUUGAAGAAGACAAAGCAGAACAUCCUCGACGCCGUCGAGGGCAGUCGCGCCCUGAGCGUUGAUGUGGAGACGACCGUUGAGUUCAGCAACGGCGGCGGCGCAUAUCUCCCAGGCCUAGACGACAACUUUGUUGCAGACCGAACCGCCACGUUCCCCAUGGUUCACGUGGUCCACUUCGAUCACGCAGGCAAGAUCACACAGAUUCGCCAGUACUGGGACCAGGGCUCGCUCCUCAAGCAGAUCGACGUCAUCGGCGCGCGAUCGCGCAACUGGCCUAUUCGGGACGCCAGCGAACAGAUCCGUUUGAUAUCCAGCAACGCCUCUGCUUCUCAGCCCGAGUCUGCGGCUUCGUCGCGCCCAACAACUUCCGCUUCUCGCGGCGCAGAUGAGGUUUCCAUUUCCUCGCGUUCGCAGAGGUCGACAAGCAAUGCCAUGAAUGACCCGCACGCGUCGCUCUCGCUGUUUGCGCCACGCGAGACUGAAGAAGAGCCAUCCUACACAGGCCAGCCUGGAGCACCCCGCGCGCAGUCUGCCAAACCUCCACCACGCGAGUACUCCGAGUUGUUCGCUGCCGCCGAGGGUGGUUCGCCUACGCCAUCACAGAAGAUCCAAGCCAAAUCAGGCGCUGGAAAGAACUACAAGCCCAACCGCCUGUUUGAUGAAGACGACGAUGAAUCGGUCACCAGUGCGCCCUCGAGUGUCAAGACAAACUCAAAGAAGUACGACCACUUCCAGUUUGGUGACGGUGAGGAGACGCCAAAGGCCCCGGAGGCACUACGACCAAGGCAGAACCAGCUCCGUACCAAGAACUCUGCGCAUUGGGACUUUGACGACUUUGCUACACCCGACAAGGCCAAGCCCAAAACUCACCCCCAGGCCGUUCGACACUUUGGCUGGAGCGAUGAUGAGGACGAUGUCUCGCCCGUCCGCCGCCCAAUAGUCCACAAGGCCCGCCCUGACGCAGAUGCGCACUUUGAAUUCAACGACGACGGCACACCGGAAGGCCAGCGUGCACGCCCCGUAAAGGGCAAACAGGGCAACAAGGGCCAAGGCCUCUACGACGACCACGUCACCAACACGACCGACGACAGCCCUGUGGCAGGCAAGAAAGAAAAUGUCAAGUCGAGCCAAGCAGUGCGCAGCUCCAUGAAGACACACUGGGGCACGCACGCCGAUUCGCCCGAGAACCGCGGCAUCAACAUUGCCGGCAACGGCAUGGGCGGGCGCAAGGGCACCGAGGCUGCCUGGUCCCUGUUCGACGAGAGCCCCGCCAAGAAAGAGCCUACGGGUAAGCAGGCCGGCAUUAAGACCGAGGGUGAUGGCAUGGGCGGGCGUAAGACGGCUGACAAGUCUUUCUGGGACUUUUAA